AUGAGUGCGGCAACUGCCAAGCAGCAGCCGGUGGCGAAAAACAACCCGCCGGCAGCCUCGGGACCUUCUCCGCUAAAAGAGAUCCCCGAAGUGCUGGUGGACACGCGGGCCAAGCGGCGCUACAACCGCGGCCGUUUCCUGGGCAAAGGUGGCUUCGCCAAAUGCUACGAGAUCACGGACCUGGAGACCCAGCAGGUGUUCGCUGGCAAAAUCGUGCCCAAGUCCCUCAUCAUCAAGCCACACCAGCGCGAGAAGAUGACCUCGGAGAUCGCCAUCCACAAGGCCUUGGACCACAUCAAUAUCGUUGGCUUCCGGGGCUUCUUCGAAGACGACGACUUUGUCUUCGUGGUGCUGGAGCUCUGCAAGAGAAGGUCUCUGCUGGAGCUGCAUAAGCGUCGUAAGGCGGUGACCGAGCCUGAGGCGCGCUACUACAUGAUGCAGCUGCUCAAGGGUGUCCAAUACUUGCACAACAACCGCAUCAUCCACAGAGACCUCAAACUGGGCAACAUCUUCCUCAAUGACGACAUGGAUGUCAAGAUUGGCGACUUCGGCCUAGCCACGAAGAUCGAGUAUGAUGGCGAGAGGAAGAAGACUUUGUGCGGAACGCCAAACUACAUUGCGCCAGAAGUUCUGUGCAAGAAAGGACACAGCUACGAGGUGGAUGUGUGGUCGCUAGGAUGCAUACUGUACACACUGCUUGUAGGCAAGCCGCCAUUUGAAACAACAUGCCUUAAGGAGACAUACAACCGUAUCAAGAAGAACAACUACACCAUCCCUUUGCAUGUACACCCGGCGGCGACGUCUCUGAUCAAGCGCAUGCUGCACGCCGACCCCGAGAAGCGGCCGACAAUUGGCGAGAUGCUGACGGACGAGUUCUUCACGUCUGGCUACACCCCAGCACGCCUGCCCACCACCUGCCUGACCGUGCCUCCCCGCUUCUCCAUUGCGCCGUCCACCCUCGCCGAGAUGAGCCAGCGCCGGCCUCUCGCGGCCCUUGGCAACAAGGGGGGACUGGAGAAUGUUGACACCAAGGAAGAACAGAUGCCAAAGGAGGCGGAACCGGUCGAGAACAACCUGAAAGACUUGCUGCAACAGCUCAACAGCAUCAUCGCCGCCAAACCGUCGGCAAGACCACUUAUUCGCCAAGAGGAGGCCGAGGACCCUGCCUGCAUUCCUAUCUUCUGGAUCAGCAAAUGGGUCGACUACUCGGACAAAUAUGGAUUAGGUUACCAGCUGUGCGACAACAGCGUAGGCGUUUUGUUCAAUGACUAUACCCGUCUGAUUAUGUACGCUGACGGCGACAGUCUGCAAUACAUCAACAAGAAGGACGAGGAAUCCUAUAUGAGUGCCACCACAUUCCCACCCGCGCUCAACAAGAAGAUCACCCUGCUUAAAUACUUCCGCAACUAUAUGAGCGAGCACCUGCUGAAGGCGGGCGCCAACAUGGCACGCCGCGAAGGCGACGAACUGGCGCGGCUGCCAUAUCUGUCCCUCUGGUUCCGCACUAAAAGCGCCAUUGUACUGCACCUCAGCAAUGGCACCGUGCAGAUCAACUUCUUCCAGGAUCACACCAAGCUGAUCCUGUGCCCACUGAUGUCAGCCGUGACAUACAUCGACGAGCGGCGAGACUUCCGCACGUACAAGCUGUCCCUGCUGGAGGAGUUUGGCUGCUCCACGGAGCUCUUCAGCCGCAUGCGUUACGCUAAACUCAUGGUGGAGAGGCUGGUGGAAAACACCAAGGUCGCCAUGCACUAA